AAACACGCUGAUGUCAUAGAAAUGCGCCGGACAAGCUGUGCACGCUUAGCACGUUGUUGUGGAUGCUGCAGGAAGUGAUUGGAGGGGCGCACAAGGAUCUCGGUAAUGUGUGUUCUGGGAUUUCGGACUUAUACAUAAGAUUGUUGUGCAUGGAAUAUUUACUACUAUAUGACAAUGGACACAGAACCAUUAGAUCUAAGACCAGAGAGGAGCAAAUGUACUUCAGAAUUUGACGAUAAUGAGAAAAGAAAUAAUGGACAAUGUAACGCACCCGAGGUUAUGUCUAAGAAUCAGAUGAAGAAAAUGAUUAAACAGAAGCAAUGGGAAGAUCAAAGAGAGCUCAGAAAGCAGAAGAGGAAAGAGAAAAGGCAGAAAAGGAAACUUGAACGGCAGGCUCAGCUAGGACAAAAUGUGGAGGACAUUACCUGUAAAAGAGUGCGAAAGGAGAUCCAUCCCAGCACAUUGCAUCUUAUUGUAGACUGCAGCUUUGAUCAUUUAAUGUUAUUACGGGAUGUGAAGAAAUUAAACAAGCAAAUUAGAAGGUGUUAUUCAGAAAAUCGCAGAGCAACACACCCUGUCCAGUUUUAUCUAACCAGCCACGGUGGACAACUGAAAAGCAACAUGGAUGAAUUUGACAAAGGUUGGAUCAACUGGAAGGAUAUACACAUCAAUUCUGAGCAUUACAAAGAUCUCAUGAAGUCUGAAGACCUUGUUUACCUCACAUCGGAUUCCCCUGAAGUACUCCAUGAACUAGAUGAAACCAAAGCUUACAUUAUCGGUGGCCUUGUAGAUCACAAUCACCACAAGGGCAUUACGUACAAGCAAGCUCUGGAUCUCGGUAUCCGUCAUGCUCAACUUCCUCUUGGGAGUUUUGUGAAGAUGAAUAGUCGUAAAGUCUUAGCUGUGAAUCAUGUAUUUGAGAUCAUACUUGCAUAUCUGGAGAAGAAAGAUUGGAAGGAAGCAUUCUUCAGUGUUUUACCUCAGCGUAAAGGAGCAGUGCCUAUUGAUGAAACUGGUGAGGCCCCAACAGAGGUUUCCAUUACUCAAGAUGAAGGGGAUCACUUAUCAGACAGUGAUUCUGAUUCUGAAGAUGAUGUGGAACAGAUAGAGCUUGGUAGAGAAGAGCAGAACAAUGACGAGUGACAUCCUGUGGAUGCUGUCUUAUAUGUAUAUAUUUUUCUUCAAUUUAAGAAGAAUUUGUUUUCAGUUUCCCAUCGAGCAUUAUUGGUUAAUUUCUAUAUUUUAAGUAAAAUAACAGACUUUCGUUUGUAUAACUGUUUUUAAGAUCUUUUUGAAAGAAUUCAUACUGAAAAUGUAUUUCAAAACAUUCUUUUAGUUUUAAAGACUCCUUUAUGGGCAUUUAAUAAAACAAAAAGGUGGCAGACAUUUUGUACCUGG